CAACGCUCGGUUUAACGGACUAACACAUACUGAAUUCUUGGAGGCAACAGGUUGCCCAUUAUCUUAAACUACUUAUGAAAAGGAAAACUUAUUCUGGAAUCUACCUUUAGCAACGAGACAACACAACUGGCCAGUAGCAGGCUCGUUUGAGAUAUUUCUUUUUCAAACAUUUUUUUGUCGUGAAAACAUGAAUGAGAGUUGUUGUAUAUAGUGAUGAGCACAGGGUAAUGUGUAAAGAUUUAAAAUUAUCUUUUUCUCAAACUGCUUUCUUUGGUGUAUAGCUGUCUUUUAGCCUGUAUAGUUUAGGCUACCUAACUGAGCACACUCGUCCGUCGGUCGGAACAGUUAUAGGAAGUGCUUUUUAAGUCAUUCCAAGGGUUCUGCUCUUUGGACUGAAGGCACCAUGGCCGCACACGAAAGUCUGGAAUUCGGAAAGGCGGAUUUUGUUCUCCUGGAUAAUGUUUCUCUGGAAGAAUUUCUUGCCAACCUUAAACUCAGGUUUGAAAAGGGUCGUAUCUACAGCUACAUCGGCGAGGUGGUGGUGUCGGUAAACCCGUACCGUGCCAUGAACAUCUACGGUCGCGACACGGUGGAGCAGUACAAGGGACGAGAACUGUACGAGAGACCGCCGCACCUGUUCGCCAUCGCUGACGCCGCCUACAAAGCCAUGAAGAGGAGGAACAAAGACACCUGCAUCGUCAUCUCAGGUGAGAGUGGAGCUGGAAAAACUGAGGCCAGUAAAUACAUUAUGCAAUACAUCGCUGCAAUCACCAACCCCAGUCAGCGCGCAGAGGUGGAGAGGGUGAAAAAUAUGCUGCUGAAAUCCAACUGUGUUCUGGAAGCUUUUGGGAAUGCUAAAACCAACCGGAAUGACAACUCCAGUCGAUUCGGCAAAUACAUGGACGUCAACUUUGACUUCAAAGGAGACCCCAUCGGAGGCCAUAUCAACAACUACCUACUGGAGAAGUCCAGAGUGAUUUUCCAACAGGAGGGCGAGAGAAGUUUCCACUCUUUCUACCAGCUGGUGAAGGGGGCUCCAGAUGCGUUGCUUCGCUCUCUGCACAUCCAGAAAGAGCCCACCGCCUACAACUACAUUAAAGUCGGAGGACAAGUCAAGUCCUUCAUUAACGACCAGGCGGAUUUUAAAGCUGUAGCAGAUGCGAUGAAGGUCAUCGGUUUCACGACGGAUGAGAUUCAGACUGUCUAUAAGAUCCUGGCUACCAUCUUACACCUGGGGAAUCUGAAGUUUGGCACUGACGGUGAUGUGACACUGAUUGACAACUCCAAGCUGGUGGGUGUGUUAGCGAGUCUUCUGUCCACUAAAGAGGAGAGCGUGGAGAAAGCCCUGCUGUACCGCACAGUGGCUACAGGUCGAGAUGUCAUCGACAAACAACACACAGACCAGGAGGCCAGUUAUGGUCGAGAUGCUCUGGCCAAGGCCAUUUAUGAACGUCUGUUCUGUUGGAUUGUGGGUAGAAUCAAUGACAUCAUCGAAGUGAAGGACUAUGACGCAAGGGUUCAUGGGAAAAACACGGUUAUUGGAGUGUUGGACAUUUAUGGCUUUGAGAUAUUUCAGAACAACAGCUUCGAGCAGUUUUGUAUAAACUAUUGUAACGAGAAGCUUCAGCAGCUCUUUAUCCAGCUGGUGCUGAAACAGGAGCAGGAGGAGUACCAGCGUGAAGGGAUCCCCUGGAAACACAUCGACUACUUCAACAACCAGAUCAUCGUGGACCUGGUGGAGCAGCAGCAUAAAGGGAUUUUCUCCAUCCUGGACGAGGCAUGCAUGAACGUGGGCAAGGUCACGGACGAGGUCUUUCUCCAGGAGCUUAACGCAAAACUGGGCAAACACGCCCACUACACGAGCCGCAAGCUCUCCCCCACGGAUAAGAGCCUGGAGUUUGACAGGGACUUCCGGAUCCGGCACUAUGCUGGUGACGUGUGCUACUCUGUCACUGGGUUCAUCGACAAGAAUAAGGACACCCUGUUCCAGGACUUUAAGAGACUCCUCUAUAACAGUACCAACCCCGUCCUAAAGGCCAUGUGGCCAGAGGGCAAACUCAGCAUCACAGAGGUCACCAAGAGACCUUUGACCGCUGCCACACUCUUCAAAAACUCCAUGAUCUCGCUGGUGGAGAACCUUGCCAGCAAAGAGCCAUACUACGUCCGCUGCAUUAAGCCAAACGAUGUGAAAUCUCCACUGCUGUUUGAGAUGGAGCGCUGUCGGCACCAGGUCGAGUAUCUGGGUUUGCUGGAGAACGUUCGUGUCCGCCGCGCUGGUUUCGCUUACAGACAGACCUACCAACGCUUCCUACAGAGAUAUAAAAUGAUCUCAGAGUUCACCUGGCCAAACCAUGACCUGCCGUCUGACCGGGAAGCGGUGAAGCGUCUGCUGCAGGGCUGUGGGUUCGAGCAUGACGUUGCCUAUGGCAAGACCAAGGUCUUCAUCCGCACUCCGCGCACCCUCUUCAGCCUGGAGGAGCAGAGGGAGGAGAUGGUGCAAAGGAUUGUCCUCUUCCUGCAGAAGGUAUGGCGUGGGACCAUUGCCAGGAAGCGUUACCGUCGCAUGCGCGCCGCUCUCAUCAUCCUGCGGGCGUACCGCCGCUACAAGGUCAAGUCGUACAUCCGUGAGGUGAACCGCCGCUUCAGGAAUGUGCGCGGCAUGAAGGACUAUGGGAAACACGUGAAAUGGCCGACGCCCCCAAAAGUCCUGCGUAGGUUCGAGGAGGCGCUGAGGAGCAUCUACAACAGGUGGUGGGCGUGGACCCUGAUCAAAGGCCUGAGUCCAGAGCAGACGCUGCAGGUCAGGGCAAAGGUGGCUGCGCUGGAGUGUCUGAAAGGUCAAAGGUCAGACCUGGGUCUGCAGAGAGCCUGGGAGGGUAACUACCUGGUGAGUCCAGAGAAUCAAAAGCGAGACAGUCCUGAGUCAGCAUCCUCGUUCACCCUGGUGUCCAGUGAUCUUCAGAGAAAGGAUAAAUUCAUGAGGAUUCUCUUUGCCUGUAACGUCAGAAAGAUAAAUCGUUUUAAUAAGGCGGAGGACCGAACCUUAUUGAUCACUGAUCGACACCUCUACAAAAUGGACCCAGACAAACAAUUCAAGCCAAUGAAAAGCAUCCCUCUGUACAAUGUGACAGGAGUGAGUGUGUCUCCUGGGAAGGACCAGCUGGUUGUCUUCCACACCAAGGACAGCCGGGACCUGAUCGUGUGCCUACAGGGGAUGGUGCCCGCUGCGGAGAGUCGGAUCGGGGAACUGGUUGGCACCCUACUCAGCCACUUCAAAAGUGAGAAGAGGAAGCUGCAGGUGAAUGUUAUCAGUCCCAUCCAGUGCAGUAUGAAUGGGAGGAAAUGCACCAUUGUCGUGGAAACAAAGAUCAACCAGUCCCAUCCUGAUUUUAUUAAAAGUCGAUCAGGAUUCAUCCUAUCAGUGCCAGGCAACUGAGAGGUUGGGGGUCACUGACCCCUGUGCAUUGUGUCAUUCUGACAGAGGUGAAGCCAUACCAAACCUUAAGGAUCUAUACAACUUUAACAGCUAUGAUUUUCCUUUAGUAAUGAACUGCACAUCUUCCCACAUCAGACACUAUACCCACCCAAACUCCCCUCACGCUGCGGCGUGUAGCACUCACAGCACUGAGGGGAUCUUCCAGCUUUGUUUGUUAUUGUUUUGAUUUUUUCAAUAAGACAGCCAAAUUAAGGGAAAACACAAAUAUAAUAUUUAUUAUGUAGAGCAGAUUACAUGCAGCUUUGACACCAAACUGUUUGUUAAGAUGGAGCAUUGCAUUUUCCUGCAUAAACAGAAUUUAUGUAAACUCAGUAUAGCACUUUCGGAUAGAAGACUGUCAGCACGUAGCCUGAGACCAAAUAAAACAGUAAAGUGUGUAUAUGUGUUUGUUUGUGU